GCAACACCUCACCAUGCAAACAAACACACACUACUACUAGUACUGCAAAGCAAACAAAGUCCAACAGAGAAAAGAUGGGAGUUUCCAAGGUGGCUGUGGCCGUGGCGGUGGUGCUGAUGGUGGCGGUGAUCGAGCGUGCAGCCGUGGUGGAGAGCAUAACAUGUGGACAGGUGACGGGCUCGGUGGGAUCGUGCCUGGGAUACCUCAAGACUGGAGGGAAGCCAGUGCCAGCGUGCUGCAACGGAGUGAGGGGGCUCAACAGCCUGGCCAAGACACCCGCUGAUCGCAAGCAGGCGUGCAAUUGUCUCAAGACCCUGGCUGGUAGUGUCAAAGGGAUUAACUACAGCUUUGCCUCUGCCCUCCCUGGCAAGUGUGGCGUUAGCGUUCCUUACCCCAUUAGCCCCAAUACCGACUGCGCCAAGGUGAAUUAAGGUCGGGAGGUUUCCCAACAAUGGACCGACGAUCUAGCUAUCUAUCUGUAUGAGUCCGUUUGUCUGUGGGAGAGGAAUUUGAGCUGCAGAGUUACAAAAUAUUAAUUAUAAUAAUAACGAUUAGAUCGAGGUGUCGUUGAUUGUUCGAUCACGGUCCAUAAUCGAUUUAUAGCCGCUUUGUUUAUGUUAAUUCCUGUAAUUUGUUUCUCAAUCGUAUGUCGAGCAUUAAUAAUUACCAACGUCCAUGGCAUACACCAUAUAUAUCGUUGCUCAUUUGUCUACGCUGCAUGCGUUUGAAUCAAAGUAAGGUUGCUUA